UGAAGGAGACUCGUGGAAGGAUGAUGAUUUUAGCUGGAUAUCAUCAAUCUACAAAUUCCGUAAGACGGGUUUCUCCAUAGACUAUUUCAUAGAUUUAUACAUUUCGGAAGAUCUCCGCAAUAGCACCAAAAAGAUUAUAAGUAUAACUUUACCAAAGGAAAAACGUCGUAACGUUGAUUUAUUUAAUAAUCCAAUAACAGUAGCUGAAUUAUCAGAGAAGUACCCCAGCAUACCUUGGAAAGAAUUCAUCAACACCAUGCUCAAGCCUCAUGCCGAAGUUGAUGAUAAUGAAAUAAUCAAUGUCGACGUACCUAGUUAUACAUCUGAAUUUGAAAAACUGAUAAACAUAACGCCCAAUAGGGUACAAGCUAAUUACGUUAUGUGGCGGGCCGUUUCAUCAACAGUGGAGUACUUGAAUGACAGAAUUCGUGACAGACAACUAAAGUACUUGAUGACGCAGAAAGGCCAAACUAAAAGAGAAUCUCAGCCGAUAGAAUGCAUUAUUUCCGUAGCUGAAAAACUACCAGUUGCCAUUGGUGCGUUGUAUGUAAGAAAUUAUGUAUCCAAAGAUGUUAAGAAAAAUGCCGUACAAAUGAUAUCCGACAUCCAAAAUCAAUUUAAGAAAAUUUUACAAACCGUUGACUGGAUGGAUGAAGGAAUUAGAAAGAAUGCUAUUGAGAAGGUUGCGGCAAUAGCGAGUCAUAUUCCAGAUGAACUUUUGGAUGAUUCAAAAUUAGAAGAAUUUUAUGAAAAACUACAAUUUGAUGAAAAUUCAUCUUACCUAGAGAAUAUUAUGGAUGUUAACUUAUUUAACGAAGAAUAUUCAUUCAGUCAAUUAAGAAAACCAGUAAACAAGACAGAUUGGGUAUUAUAUGCCGACGUAGCUGUUAUUAAUGCGCGUUAUUAUCCAUUAAAAAACAGUAUGAGUUUCACAGCUGGAAUCCUUCAAGACGCUUUGUUUAACAUUGACCGGCCAAAAUAUCUAAAUUAUGGUGCCAUUGGAUUUGUAAUUGGUCAUGAAAUUUGCCACAGCUUCGAUGAUAUAGGAAGAAAGUUUGAUAAAGAUGGUAGUGUGGUAAAUUGGUGGGCAUCAUCAACUGAAAAGAAAUAUCUCGAGAAAGUAGAUUGAAUAAUUGAACAGUACGGCAAUUAUACAGUAGAAGAAAUUAAAAUGAAGGUAAAAAAAUUAUUAUGUUGAUAGAUUUUAAUUUUGCGUAGGCAUU